AUGGCUAUCAUUCCAGAUAUAAAUUAUGCUAUAAACGAUAAAUAUAUAGACCAAUUCAACAACGUCAACAACAACAACAACAGUAGCAGUAGUAGUAACAGUUAUCACGAUGAUGAAGAGAAGAAAAGGCUGAAGAAUAAAAGAGGUCACAGCGGGGUGAACCAGCUGGGGGGUAUGUUCGUGAAUGGCAGGCCCUUACCAGACACCACCAGACAAAAAAUUGUCGAGCUGGCCCACAAUGGGGCUCGACCCUGUGACAUUUCAAGAAUUCUACAGGUCUCGAACGGAUGUGUGAGCAAAAUCCUGGGCAGAUAUUAUGAAAGUGGGAGCAUACGGCCUAGAACGAUUGGGGGCAGUAAGCCGAGGGUGGCUACGAUGAGUGUGGUCCAGAGGAUUGCCCAUUACAAGAAGGAGUGUCCGAGCAUAUUCGCCUGGGAGAUAAGAGAUCGUCUGCUUAGUGAAGAAAUCUGCUCCCAAGAAAAUAUACCCAGUCAUCCAAACGAUGGUGACGAUGACGAAGAUGGUGGAUUUGCCUGUGCUGAUGAUAAUGAUGAUUCAAAAAAUUUUCCGUAUUUAGAUAAACUGAACAACAACAUUAACGACUCUUGUGAUGAAGAUGAUAACGAAUCGACGACAACAACAACAACACUAACACUAACCACACUAAACAACACAAACGGCAACAAAGAAUACACAGACCUCCACGCAACACCAACAACAACAAUGACGUCAUCGUCAGCCGCAAUCACUCUUGCGUCCACAGCCACAACUACGUCGUCAACGACUACAGCAUCACGUGAUCGCGAAACCGGAAGUGACGUAGAGAAACAGGUACGCAUGCGUUUGAAGAGGAAGUUGCAGAGGAAUAGGACAUCUUUCAGUACCCAACAAAUCGAUUCUCUGGAGAGAGAAUUCGACAAAACCCACUACCCUGAUGUCUUUGCGAGGGAGAGAUUGGCACAAAAACUUGAACUACCCGAAGCGAGAAUACAAGUGUGGUUCUCAAAUAGGAGGGCGAAAUGGAGAAGGGAGGAGAAGUUUAGGGUGGUUCCGGCAAUGAGUUAUGCCUACAGCACCACCACCAACAACACCAACAACACCCUCACAGCUCCGCCCUCUCCUUACUUGUGUAGCAAUCUCAUUACCAGUAGUAACGUGAUAAGUAGCAGUACGGGUAGCAACGGCAAUGGCCACGAAGUGGUCGAGGCAAUUAACAACAGCUCAAACGCCGCUAAUGUUAGCAGCGACAACAACAACAACAACAACAACAAUAAUAAUAAUAAUAACAACAAUAAUCGUCUAAAUGAUGACGAUGACGACGACAAUGAUAAUAAUAACUGCAGUGACGUCAUUAACAAAAACGCUCACAACUUAGCUGUCGCGACUGCAGUUACCACCGAGGCUACUAACAAGACAAGUAGAAAUAAAAAUGGUGGCGAUGAUAGUGAUAAUAAUAAUAAUAAUAACGAUGAUAUUGAUAGCCAAUCAAAUUUGUUCUACCCUCCUCUGGCACUAAUUGAAAGAUCAAGAUACGAUUAUGAUAUGGGCGUUAGCAGCAGCAGCAGCAGUAGAACCAUCCGAAAGCCAUUAGACAUACCUCUAUCAUCAUCUUCUUCAUCGUCGUCGUCGUCGUCAUCAUUAUUAUCAUCAUCAUCAUCAUCGAAAACAUCAGCAUUUGGUCAUGUUAUCGGCCAUAACUACAUGUUUCCAGAAACCAGCCAGACAUAUUCACUAAACUUUCAGAACUACGGCUCGUAUAACAUAACAAGACCACCUGCCGUAUCGUCGACUUCACCUCCACCCCAAACCUUAUCAACGUUUGGCUUUCCUAACACGUUGGGCAUAGGACAAAAUUUUCAAGACUACCUCUAUUCAAUCGUUCCAGUGUCCACCCAACACAUCAACAACAACAACAACAACAACAACAACAUCAAUAACAGCAACAACAAUUACCAUAAUUAUCAUUACAAUUGGUACAACAACAACAAUAACACUAACAGCAACAAUAAUUUUAUGAUUAACGAUAAUAAUAAUAUAGCCAAGGAACUUGACCUUUCGUUAGAGAUCAUUUGUGUUCACAAAAUCUCCGCUUACUAUCUGGUGCAAUAA